UGAUGGGCAAUGGGAAUACUUGGGUGGAAGAAGCAAAGGUAUUCACAUAUAUAAAGGAAUGGCAUUUGAAGAAUUCACCAAAAAAAUCAUAGAGAAAUUCGACAUUUCCCUUGACGUGAUGAAGAUGCACUACACGCUGAAGUUCAAUCCCAGAGUCAUCCAAGAUUUAGAAGAUGAGGAUGAUUUGGAUAACGUGGUUUCCCACAGUGAUGACUUUGCAAAUGUAUACCUAGUAGACUUACCCUCUGUGGAAGCCAUUGAAGCAAAUAUCCCGAAUUCACAGUUGGCAUUUCGAGAUCCACCUAUCACGUUCCCGUCCUCUAAUGCAUCAUGCGAUCCAAUUCCUCAAACUAUGAUGCUAUCAAGAGGUUUUGCGUCGCGUUGUGCAGAUACUGAGUACAUCCCUUUGGAAUCGAUUCGUUUUCGUGAGGCAAUAUUAGGGUCGGGACAUACAUUUAAAAAUGCCGAGGAGUUUCGCAAUGCAAUUUACCAGAUGUCAUUAGGUGGGAGGUUUGAAUACAAGUACAAGAAAAAUUCCCCUACGCAUAUGUCUGUCAAGUGUUCAGUUGAUGGUUGUCCUUGGAAGAUAACAGCUCACGCUGUCGAGGGAAAUGUCAUCUUGCGAGUUCAUACUUACCAAGUGAAUCAUAAUCAUAUAGCUCAGGAUGAGUGUUCAUCUAAGGUGAAGGUUUCUUCAAAGAGAGGUGCGGUUGUUGUUGAAGAUGUGUUUAGAACCACUCCAGACUAUCUUCCCCGUCAAAUUUGUAAGGAUUUUGAACGUGAUCAUGGGGUUCAAUUGACAUAUAACCAAGCAUGGCACCUUAAAGAGAAGGCAAAAGAGCGCAUAUAUGGAGUACCACGCGACUCUUACACGUUUCUCCCUUGGUUAUGCCAUAGGCUAAGAGAAAUAAACCCGGGCACAAUUGCGGAGUACACUUCCCAAGAAGGUCAUUUCAUGCAAUUGUUCAUUGCCCAUGCAUUUUCAAUUCAAGGGUUCAUCAUGGGGUGUCGACCUGUAUUGGCUAUUGAUUCUUGCCACCUAAGCGGUCCAUAUAAGGGAGCUCUUUUGUCUGCCAUUGCAUAUGAUGCAGAUGAUGGAAUGUUCCCGCUAGCCCUUGGUGUGGUAAGUUCAGAAAAUUAUGAGGACUGGUAUUGGUUUUUGGAUAAAUUAAAGGGGGUAUUAGAUGGUAAAGAAGUUGUUAUUAUAUCAGAUAGACAUCAGGGAAUCUUGCGUAGUGUUUCGGAGUUGUUUGGGACAGGAAAUCAUGCAUAUUGUUAUCGCCAUGUUAAGGAAAACUUUUCUAGCUUCUUCAAUAAGCAAAACAUUCGAGGAAAGAAAGGGAAAGAAGAUGCUUUGCUACUUUUGGACAGCAUUGCGUAUGCUAGGUUGGAAAUAGACUACAAUGAGGCAUUUGAAAAACUUGUGCGCUUCAAUGAGAACCUAGCAAAAUGGGUUGCGGAAAACAAUCCCGAACAUUGGGCAAUGUCAAAGUUUGUUAAAAAGCGAUGGGAUAUAAUGACAACUAACAUUGCAGAGGCGUUCAAUGCGUGGUUAAGAGAAGAGCGUCACCAAACAAUUUAUACUUUAUUGUUAAUGCACAUGGAUAAACUUGUAGCCAUGUUGGACACCCAUAUGCGUGCUACACAAAAGUGGAAGAGCGUGGUCGGACCGAAAACUGAAGAGAAGUUAAUGUCAAAUAUCGUGAGGUCUGGUCCGAUUAGUGUGCUACCCUAUUUGGGAGGGACGUUUAAGGUGUUUACUGGAGAGGUUUAUUUGGUUGUCGAUAUGAAUCAACGUACGUGUACUUGCAUGACAUGGCAAAUGUCCGGUUUGCCAUGUGCACACGUAUGUGCUGUCAUCCGCACACUGAGACACGACGUGUAUGACUAUAUUGACCAUGUUUUCAUGUCUCCAUGCAAGAUUUGA